AUGGCGGAAACGGACGAUACACUUCCAAUAUUCGAAUUGAUUAAUCGAUUAUUAAUACAACAACGAAUUGACUUCAUUGCAAGCAACAUCAAAGAAUCAACAGAACGAAGUGUGAUUGGUCACCUGUUAUUUACAUCAUUUUUUGCAUCAUCAAACAAGAACCAACAAUCAUUCUCAACAUACGAACUCAUUCCAAUACCUUUUAACCAAGGAAACCAGAGAUUAAAACUCGCACAAAUGCCACAUACUGUUAGCAUCUCAGGCAAAACAUUAGAACUAAUUCAAUGGACAAAAGAAGAAAGCAGUUCAUGUCAAUUUAAAUUGCUAUCGUCGUGCCGUGAAACUCCAGCAGUCCAUAAGAAUUGGCAGAAGACAUGCUUAUUCGAGAUAGUUACAGACUCGAACCUGACGUUAUGUCGCAUCGAACUCGAACCUGAACCAAUAUUUAUACAACGAAUUGGCCCACAAUGGGCAAUAUCGACAAUAAAUGAAACAAGGUGUCACCGUGUUCCACAAUUAGAGCACGAACAACAUGCCAUAACAACGAAUAAUGAAAUAACCAUUCCUCCAAUCUCAUUGAUCACCAUCGAUAAAUCAACAACAUGGAGCUGUGAUCAUUUCCUUUUACCAGGUAUAGCAAAUGGCACGGAUAAACGGAUUACAAUUAUUGAUGACAGAAAAUUGAACUACGACGAUUCGAACUUAAUCAAUCUACACCAAACAAUGAACAAUAACACACAAUGGGAAAAAAUCCCGUACAUUCCGGGGAAUAUAAAGAAUAUGAUCGAAUAUAUAAUAACAACAACACCAACAUCGAUACAAUCAACAACAUCAUUCUAUCAACAUGGGUUAUCAAUAGCAAUAGGUAUAUUGGGUGUAACAACUAUCACCUCAAUAGUUCUAUACCUGAGGCUACGAAACAAAGUGAGCAAGACAUCAACAACGGAAAUGAUCACAAUGCCACCAAUCUGA